GAUUUAGCCCCCUUCAUGGACAUUUUAUACUGAAUUAAUAUUCACCUGGUUCUUUUUUUGCCUUUUUAGUGCUAUUAUAGGUUAUUUUAAUUUUUGGUGAAAAUCUCUUACAAUUCAAUUUCAAUCUUUCAUGUACCGUAAUAUUUUGGUUUGUAAUAACUUUUGAGAAGUCGAACCAAAGUAAACUUUUAUCCAAAAUGAAGUAUACAAAUAUGGCGGCCUCCUUUGAGUUCAAUGUUUCACAAUCCCUUGACAAUAGACAUGAGUAAAUCGUAGGGCAGAGUCACGCUCUAGCAUCUAGUUAUUCGUUUUUCUGUCGAAGAGAGAUUAUAAAAGAAACUCGUCGAACGGCUAGUUAUUAUAUUUCUUAUUUGUCGCCGCCCAGCAACGAACUUGAUCAAGACGUGUAACCGUAUAAACGAUGGCUACAAAGAUCCGUUGUCAUUACGAAGUAUUGGGAGUGGAGAGAGAUGCAAGUGCUGAUGAUUUAAAGAAAUCCUACAGAAAACUGGCCCUGAAAUUUCACCCAGAUAAAAACCCUGCUAAUGUAGAAGAAGCAACUGCUCAGUUCCGUACGGUUCAACAGGCUUAUGAAGUACUCACUGAUCCCCAGGAAAGAGCGUGGUAUGACAAACAUCGAGAGGCCAUUCUCAGAGGAGGUCUGGGUGGUGGAGACAAAUAUGAUGAUGACAGUGUAGAUCUCUUCCAAUACUUCAAUUCUACAUGCUACUCUGGCUUUGGGGAUGAUGAUGAGGGGUUUUAUGCUGUGUACAGACAAGUAUUUGAGACGUUAGCUGAGGAAGACUAUGUGUUUAUGCCAGACAGGAAGAAAGAUGAAGAAUUCCCAAAGUUUGGAGACUCCAGCUCAGACUAUGAUGAGGUUGUAGGCCCCUUCUAUGCAUUCUGGACCAGUUUUUGUAGCAACAAGUCGUAUGUCUGGGUGGAGAAAUACGACACGAGAGAGGCACCUGACCGCAGGUGUCGCCGAGCCAUGGAGGGAGAGAAUAAAAAGUUGAGAGAUGCUGCCAAGAAAGAAAGAAACGAGGAAAUUCGGAACCUGGCAGCUUAUGUGAAGAAAAGAGAUAAACGUGUUCAAGCGUACAAGAAAUUUAUUGAGGAGAGAAAUGCUGAGAUUGAGAGAAAAACAAAAGCCAAACGAGAAGAGCAGCUGAGAGACAGACAGAAACGUAUGGAGAACUACCAAGAAGCUAGCUGGUCGGCCAUGUCGGAGCUAGAGAAAGAUCUAGAACAGCUGGAGGCCCACCUGGACCGGCACUUUGGGGAUGGAGAAGAAGAUGUGCCAGGUGCCCCGGAAGACGCUGAGCUGGAGACUGAGGAUGUGGAAGAGGAACUCUACCUGGAUGAGCUUUACUGUGUGGCUUGUAACAAGGCCUUCAAGAGUGAUAAAGCGUUCUCUAAUCAUGAAAAAUCGAAAAAGCAUAAAGAAAUGGUCGCAAUACUGGCUGAGGAGGUGAGAAUGGAAGAAGAAGCAGAAAAUGGGGCGUCAGAUGAAGAGGUUGAGGAGGAAGAAAGAAAAGAGGAAGAUGUUGAAGAAUUAGAGGAGGACCAGCAAGGUGAGCAAAAAAGUGAUUCAGCAGAGACAGAGAAAAAAGGCAAUGGCAGAAGCACAGAGGAAAGUAAUGUUGGAAGUCUAGAUCCUGUGCUUUCUGAUGAAGAGGAGGAGGAUGAUCAGAGGCAAAGAUUCUCUCAGAAACAGAAGAAAAAGAGAAGGCAGAAGAAGUUGCUGGAGGCUGAGGAAGAUAUCCUAACAGAGAAGAUAGCAGAAGUCCGUCUGUCCGAGGAGGAACUCCCCAGUAAGAAAAACAAGUCCAAGAAAGCAAGACGAAGAGCUAACAAAGGAACAGCAAAGGAAGAGAUGGGGAAUCAAGCCAGAGAGGAAGACGGACCUGACAGUAGAUGUACAAAACCAGCACUUGAGCAAGACCGUGUCCUGGAGACGGCUGAAGGUGAUGGGGAUGAGGCGAAUGUAACAGAAGAGAAAGAAGAAUGUUCAGCUCCCAAGGAGGAUGUGAAGAAAGAAGAAUGUGCUGGGGAAGAGCUCACUGAGGCCAAAGAUGGAGAGAAAGAGGAAGAGCUCACUGAGGCCAAAGAUGGAGAGAAAGAGGAAGAGCAGGUUUCAAAGGAGAAUGGGGAAGUCAACAGGCGGAAAAAUCGAAAGGAUACAGUCAAGUGUAAUGUGUGCCAGAAAGGAUUCCCCUCCAGGAAUAAAUUAUUCGAGCACAUCAAACAGACGGGCCAUGCUGUGCGUCUGGAGGCACCUGCGGCUGCUCCUGCUGUGGAAGAGGAGAAGGGCAAGAAAGGGAGGAAGAAGAAUGGAAGAUAAUGGCGGCUUCGACGUUAAGCAUAGGACCAUCAUUUUCUUGGGUUACGGGUGCUUUGGUUUUGAUAUGUGCUGCUGUCCUUUAGACUUAGACCACAUCGUGUGGGAAUGUUCCGGUUUUCUUGAGAAUGGAUGACAGAUCAGUGGGCUACACCAUGUUUUGUCCUCUGACUUGUACAUACAGUGAGUCACAAGCUUGUGUACAUAGUACAUACAGUGAGUCACACAUAGUACAUACAGUGAGUCACACAUAGUACAUACAGUGAGUCACAAGUUUGUGUACAUAGUACAUACAGUGAGUCACACAUAGUACAUACAGUGAGUCACACAUAGUACAUACAGUGAGUCACAAGUUUGUGUACAUAGUACAUACUGUGAGUCACACAUAGUACAUACAGUGAGUCACACAUAGUACAUACUGUGAGUCACACAUAGUACAUACUGUGAGUCACACAUAGUACAUACUGUGAGUCACACAUAGUACAUACUGUGAGUCCUGCUGUUUUUGACCGUUCAGUUCAACACUUUUGUUGGAGACUACUAAUUCAGUAAAGAAAACAGUCCUGUGUCAUUGCAUUUUCAGAUGAGGAAGCCCUAUGCAUGUUUUAGGCGGAGACUACUGCCCUGCAAUAAACUGCAAUAUUAAUGCUCAUAAUAAAGAUCUCUGAAUAUUUGAACAUGUGGGGGGAUACACUGUUGAACUGAAUGUUGAAGAUUUACUACAAGUGUUUUUUGCUUUUUUCUGAGGAUAAUUAAAACUAAAACUCUCAUGAUGGUGAACUACAGGCUACAGGACUGAUAUUCCAGCCUUUUGAACAGAGAUAUUCUCUAAAGAGAUGCUUAUUUUGAUAACAUAAUUGAGGGAAUGUCACUUAAAAUGAGGAAAGAUGGGGUCAGGUAGGUCCUAGGAAUGUUGUAUGUGAGCUCUUUUGUCUGAGUAUCCCAAGUUAGGCUCCUAUUUUUAUCGUGAGUGGAGCAGAGUCAAGACGAUCUGUGAGGUGAAAAUCUUACCUUGUCUUAUUGCCUUAUGUGACAAUUUCUAGAAUAUCCAUUCUUGCACAGUAAAGGAUAACAUUUUGUUUUAAUAUUUCUGAUUUGAUAGUCGUGUGUGAAAGUAACAUUUGAGCUGUGAAUUUGCACAUUUCUUGUUCAGAGAUAGAUGUAAGAGCAUGGAAAGAAUGUAGACCUUCAUCUUACGAUCUAUUUUGUUCUCCCUAUUUCAUCAAAGUGUCAUUUGGAAAGAUGUGUUUGCAUCUCUCGUCAUCCGAUGGAAUAAAACCAUCCUAAAACAAAAA